UUUGUCUGUAGAGACACAAAUGCCAUUGCUCUUGGAACAGAAAAUGAACAUCCCUGUGAACCAACACAAUCAGAAAAUCAGAAUCCUUGGUUAGCAUCAUCCUUGAGAAAUCCAGCUGCAGCAUUGCCUAUCACGUUUGCAGAAAUUGUAGAAGAAGAACUUCAGCAAGAAGCUGCUCUUAUCCGAAGUAGAGAAAAACCUUUAGCUUUGAUCCAGAUUGAAGAACGUGCUAUCCAGGAUUUGUUAAUCCACUAUCAAGCAGUUGGCAACCCUGAUGAGUUUGUGGUUGUUGAAAGGUCUCCACAGGGGCCAGUUGCAGCUCCUAUGUGGAAUAAGCAUUGAUGCCAUCAGUUUUUUUUUUUAAUUUCUGCUGUUCAUAAAUGUGAGGUUAUUUGUUGUCUGCAUGGAUCUGCUGAUUCUAAAAUAAGAAUGAGGAUAGUAAGGUGUGUUUACUGCUUUUCAAUAUAGUAUCUGUUUUGAAAUGUGCAUUUUCCUUAUCAGAUUGCAGCUUGUGCUCAUUUACCAGAUGCUUUUUAUUCACCAGUUGGAGUUGAAAAAAUUGCAUAUGGUCAAACUUAAAGUAGGCAGCUUGCAUUAUUUCUUGUAAUUAAUUGUCAGUAAUAAGUACAAAAUUUGGAAUUGCUUUUCCAAUUAGCAGCAGUUGAAUUCUCAUACUCAUGCAUACAUGUGAAAUUAAUGGGACUAAAAGUGAUCAACCUGAAUUUCAGAUUAUCUAAAAAUGCUUUUGUAUGUAAAAGCAAGAACAAUAGUGCUAUUACAGAAACGGGUAUUUGACGUCUGUGUUUUUGUGUAACUGUAGUCUUCGCUUUUCUGGACAAUGCUCUUAACUCUCAUGCCUUACAGGAAUGCCAGCGCUUGCAUUGUUAUAAAAAUGAUGAUGAUGAUGAUGAUGAUGAUAUUAUUACUAUUAAUUUCUUAUGAAGCUAAUUUUUGAGAUGGGGUCUUGCAAGAAGAGUGUGCAAAAUGGGAUCUGAUAAACACAACAUAUUAAAUUGAAAAAUCUUUCAGGAAAGAUGCAAGCUAACUGUUAAAAAUUGAAAGGAAUUGGGACAGCUUAGAUCAGUGUUUCUUAAUCUCAACAACUUUUAGAUGUGUGAAUUUCAAUUCCAAGAAUUCCCAAACCAGCAUGGGGAAUUCUGGGAGUGGAAGUCCACACAUCUUAAAGUUGCUGAGAUUGAGAAGCACUGACUUAGAUGUACACAUGUAACAUUUAAUACUGGCUCUUGAAAGCCCUAACUGUGGUGUGGUUGUUCCAAAGCCUUUCUGCAAAGUCUAGAAAAUGAUGUAAAUUAUGUCUGAAGUUGGGAGUUGGGGAGGAUGACCUCUUUCCAUCAUUUCAGAUUCUCCCAUAGUAACCUGUGGUACAGUGGACUUCCCCUCCUGAUCACUAAUGGCCCUUGGAAAAAAUAAUCUUUAUAAUCAGUGUAAUUCUGUCUAAUGAUGUGUGACUGGACCCUAAGAAUAACUCUGUCAUCAGAGCUGCAAUAAAGAGCAAAGUGAAGAGCAAGUUCCAACAGGCAGUUGGAAACUGGAGUCCUUAUCUUCUGUGCUUGAGUGAGAAAUUCUUAGUGUGUUCAUUGUGCUUAUGCAGGAGCACCAAAAAGGUGCAGGGAUCAAGCAAAGUGGGUAAAACUUAAUUUCAUUUUCAGUUUGCAAUUAGAGAGUCAUCCCUAAAAUUGGGGCUGAAGAAGCUCUUGAGUAUCUUUCUCAAGUGAUGUUUUUCCACUAUCUACCCCUUCACAAGAUACCUUCACAAGAUAAUGGCUCUGGCACUGAUCAGGCUGUCUGCAGAAGUCCUUUUUGUGUGUGUGUGAAAAAGAAAAGAUCUAUUCUAGAUGCAUUUAUCAGGUUGCUUAUAAAAACUGUAUUCUUUCUUCUUAGUAGGUAUCAUAUAAGAAGAGAAGUAUAUUUUCCUCAUCUAGUACAGUCUGGUUUUUUUAAUAUUAGUUUUUUAAUCAUCUUUAGUUAAAAGAUUCACUUUACUGAUAAUUCCAAGGUAACCUAGGGUGAAUUCAAGUGGUGCAAAGUGUUUUGGAUUUGAAACAGCUGUUUGUGCUCAAAAAACAGCUCAAAAAUGUAUUCUGAGGCUGAGCUUCUGAUGGUCCAAGCUCCAAGCUAUCUCAGAAUCGAAGCAUUUCAGCUAAUGUUGGACAACUAUUUCAAACUCAAAAUGGGACAUUUCAGAUCUCUAUUAUUUUGGACACCACUAGGGUGUACUAGUGACAUAUUCUUAUUCAUCAGUACUUUGGCUAGUUGAUUACUUUGGUUAGUGUUCACACUUCCUUUUGAACACAAUGAACUGUAGUUCAGUUGUGCAGGUGAUAACUCUCUCUCUUUUUUUUUUAAAGGAGGUUUCUCAUCCCAAAGUGAAUAAUCAGGACAUUGGGCAACUCUAAGCUGAUGAAUUGUGCUUUGGGUUGAGUUAGAGUUAACCGCUAGACUUCCAAGCACCAUGGAGCUUGGUGUAAUGAUUACAAAGUGAAUCAUAGCUCUGUCAUUAUUAAACCACUCUAUCUGUAAGAUGUUCAAAAGUGGAUAAAAAUCCAUUACUUCAAGAUAAAACAUUUACUUACAUUAGAACAAUGAGGUGUGUUUUUUGCAGUGAGUAUAAAGCCUGUUACGAAUUCAAGAGUUGCAAGGCAUACUUUCCUAGAUGAGUGCUGGUUUUUAUCUGUAGUUAAUUUAAAUACUCGUUCCUAGAGACUUCUCUUUAAAUAUAGGAUUCCCUAAGAAUGAUUCCAGAUGCAUUAAUUUAUUUUCCCUAUAAAUUCCACAGUUAGUUGCCUGUUGUGGUCAAUAAGCCCUUAAAAAUAAAUUACUGUCAGCUCCCCC